CUGCGGCCGUAUGCACGGCAGGACAAGGCAUCCGAGCCGAGCUGGUAAAAGAAAUACGGUAUGCCAACAAUGGGCCUGUUCCAUGUGGCGCAUCCAGCGGAAGCGACGAUCGGACCCAACCUUAGCGCGCCAUGGCGAUCAGCUUAUUUUGUCACCGCCUCAGGGUCCUACACUCUACAUCUAUUCCUGUAUCGCCAUGUUUUCCUUAUUCGCCAGCGAGAAGCCUCAACCCAAGGCUGCCGAGGUUGCCAUUCAGAAGAUCUCAAACAUCUCCGCCACCCACCUGUCUCGCUUCGAGCGUCUUCCCAAGGUCCAACGCUAUGCCAUCAUAGGUGCCGCCUCCGUUGGUGGAGUAUCCCUCCUCUACGCUUUGACGCGCUCUUCAAAGUCUGCCAGGCGUCCUCCUAUCCCAUCUCCCAGAGAUUCGCUGCUUCCGGACUUGUCUCCUGAGGAUGCUGCAGAUCUUCCCUACCAUCCAGCUGCGUUGCCAGGAGCCCGGGAUGUCGACUCACCAUGGGGAACUAUCCGCGUCUAUGAAUUCGGCCCAAGAGACGGAGAAAAAGUUUUACUCAUUCACGGGAUCUCGACACCUUCAAUUGCUCUGACUGACUUGGCACACAAGUUGGUUGGCAGGGGACGACGUGUCAUGCUUUUUGACCUCUUCGGUCGCGGUUACUCUGACGGCCCGUCACCAGACACAACCGACUAUGACUCCAGCCUCUUCACCACCCAGAUUUUGCUUGCCCUCCAAUCAUCGCCCAUCCAUUGGUCAACCUUUACCAUAGUUGGAUACUCCCUCGGCGGUGCCAUCGCCGCAGACUUUACGUCGUACUUCCCUUCGCUAGUCCGCGGCCUUGUACUUGUAGCUCCUAGUGGUCUUAUCCGCAAGUCGCACUUCUCCAUUUCCAGCAGCAUGCUAUACCGCAGCUCGUGGAUGCCAGAGUGGAUGGUACGCAAGUUUGUUGCAAGUAGGCUAUGGACAGGAGCAAAGGUCGUAGAGAGCGAUCCUGAGGCCGUAGAGAACGCCGAGACCACCACGACGGCGAGUGAGGGAGACAAGACGUAUGUGAGCAGCAACCAGAUGCUUUUGCCAGGCAACCCACAUUCCACCGUUUCUUCGGUCGUGGAUUGGCAGAUUCAAAAUCACAAGGGUUUCGUGCCCGCCUUCAUAUCGACUAUCCGCCACGCGCCCAUCUACAACCAGCACGACCGCUGGAGCGUCAUUCGUGAGAACAUCGAGAACCGUGCCGGUCCGCUAAAGGAAGUCUGGCUUAUUCUCGGCGAGACAGACCCCAUCAUCAAUGCCGACGAAAUCACUGAGGACGCAAGGGCAGUACUCGGCGAGGACAAUGUCAGGGUUAAGGUGCUGGACGGCAUAGGUCACGAAGUCGCCAUCGAACGUGCGGAUGAUGUCGUCCGGGCUGUAAGACGAGUUGGUACCAAGAGCGAGGAGGUCCGAGAAGUUAGGGAGGAAGUCGCUGCUCCCGAGCCGGUCGAGAAGCCUGAGAAGCCCGAAAAGCCUGCGAAGGCCGAGAAGAGUGAAAAGAGCGACAAGAAGGAGAAAAAGAGCUCGAGCCGGAGGAAGCACGGAGGUUCGCACGCCAGUUCAAGCACGAAGUAAGAUUCAUGAAGAAAUGGCGGAAAUGCGUCACGACGAACCAAAGAAUGUAUAAGAAUAUAUAAGAAGAAUAACAGAAACUCAACGCUUUGACGUAAGUUAUAAAGAUCUCAACUGUUCAUUCAACAUGCAUAACUCAAAUUCUCGUUCUGAAAUAUUUACAACGAAGGUAACCCCAUCAAUCUAUCCACUCCACACAGCCGGUCCAGGAGGUGUGUAGCUCGUGGGAACAGGGUAGUAAAUGUUGAUUUGGAUACCCUUGUCAUCCGCCUUGUAAGCUCCUGGGAAAGCAACCUUGGGUCCUGGUGUUCCACUGCCACCGUUCUCAACCUUCAACUGCGCGCACGAAAUGUAGAACUGUGCGCCGCCAACUGCAGAAGCGGAGUGUAGCGCGAUGUGCUCGACGCGCAUAAGGUAUUCGCCCGAAGGAAGGGACUUGGGUAGGGGCACUGAGAC